AUGACAAAGAGCGACAAUCCGGAAAGGGAAGACAAUAGUAGGCGGACCUCUGAAGAUCACCGGUACAAGCUUUCAUAUUCAGUGGGGGUGGCCGAGAACAAAAACUUAAAAUUCCGGACAUCGAUGGAAGAUGUACACACAUAUGUGGAGAACUUUGCGUCAAGAUUAGAUUGGGGUUACUUUGGGGUUUUCGAUGGCCACGCCGGUAAUCAGGCCUCGAAAUGGUGUGGAGGGCACCUACACUCAGUAAUCGAGCAAAAAAUACUGGAGGAUGAAAGUAAAGAUGUGAGAGAAGUCUUAAAUGAUGGCUUCAUACACGCGGACGAACAUAUUAACUCAAAGGUCGACGGUAAUAGCGGAUGUACGGCAGCAGUUGGUAUACUGCGUUGGGAGCUGCCAAGCAAUAUGCCGAGCGACCAAGUAGAAUUAGAUCAACACAAGAGGAUGCUGUAUACAGCAAAUGUUGGCGACACGAGAAUCGUGCUGUGCCGCAAUGGACAUAGCGUUAGGCUCACCUAUGACCACAAAGCUUCCGAUACAGGCGAAAUGCAACGAGUUGAAGAAGCAGGUGGGCUUAUUAUGAGAAGUCGAGUCAACGGGAUGCUUGCGGUAACACGAUCAUUGGGUGACAAGUUUUUCGACAGUUUGGUUGUGGGGAAUCCUUUUACAACCAGUGUAGAAAUCACAACAACAGAUCAAUUUCUGAUAAUAGCAUGCGAUGGGCUAUGGGAUGUUUUAGAAGACCAGGAAGCUUGUGACGCGAUCAAAAAGUCAAACGAUGCCAGUGAAGCAGCUAAGACUUUGGUACGGAUGGCCCUUGAGAGAGGCACUACUGACAAUGUUACAGUCAUGGUAGUGCUCUUUGAUAACAGCCCCUGA